AUGGAUUUACUUAAGAACAAAUUACUGGCAAUCCAUAAGACUGGCGCAUGGGCCAUUCUGCCACCUAAAGAAAUUGAUUUGGCUUAUAAGGAAACGAAACUUUUGAUAGAUGCUGGGUUAAAUGGGCUUGACGAAAUUAGUUAUUUCUCAAUGGUCGAAUUAUUGUUUUAUCUUUGUCUUGUUCGUGGUGAAGACACAGAGGCUGAAACAUUGUACAAAACUGUGACAGAUCGUCUAGGUGACGAUUCUCCAAGAAUUCAUGUGAUGCACUCUAUGUUAAUACAGGUCACUCGAUCCGAUGAUGCGGCUAAGAAAUAUAUCGAGGAUUUGAUCAAGAAUCAGCUGGAAAUAGCUACUGAUUCAGAAGACUACGUACAGAUGAAGAAAAGGCUACUUGCGAUAGAGAGACCUUCGAUGAGUAAAGAAAAAUGGGUAAAAGAACUACUGGAUCUGGUUGAGAAGUUUCCUCUAGAUGCAGAAAUAUGGUCGUUACUUUCGCAAGAAUACCAGGAGGCUGGGGACCUACGUCAAGCAAUAUAUUGCAUGGAAGAAGUCAUAAUUGGGGUGCCGUUCAGUUAUGAAGCAUUUGGUCAAUUAGCUUAUUUGCAUUACUUGAAGUCUCAAUCAGAUUCUGACCCUGAAGCUGCUUUGCAAUCAAGUUUAUCAAAUGCGUUGAGAUCUGUUGAGUUGGCAGAAGCCUACGUGAAAGGUUGGGGUAUUGUAUUGAAGACAUCUCAGAAACUGAAUAAAAAACCUGAAUUAACUCAAUUAGCUGUAAGAAAAUUGCAAGAACUUCAGCAAAAUAAUGAUAACAGAGAAAUCACUAACGUAUCCAGAUACCUUUUGGAUUCAGAAACUUGA